ACUCUCGCUUCACAGUGGGAGAGCGUGAGCCACACACGCACGCACCCCCUCCUCCUGCUUGCUCCCACUCGUGACGCGAGGAUGCACAGCCUGGCCUGCGCCGCGCCGGCCGCCUACGCCCCGGGAAGGCGCAUCGCCGGCAGCCGGAGGUUCUCUGUCGAGUGCGCAGCCUCCGCCGCCACCCACGACGGCGAGGGAACGGCCCCGAGAUCACUGAUGGAAGCAAACGGUGAAAUGCCAAGUAAACCUGUACUGCUUGCGUCAAGGAGGAAGCUUGUUGCACUUUCAGCAUUUUGUUUUUGCUUACAUUCUUCAAGGUAUUUCCCAGCGCUGGCUUUGGGUGAUCCACCUGUUGAAAUUGAUGAUGUAACUCCUAAGAUUUUUCCAUCCGGUCCAUUAUUUCCAACUGAGAAACGGAUUGCAGAGCUUUUUGAAACAAAUACUUACUCAGUUGUCAACAUUUUUGAUGCAACGCUGCGCCCUCAGCUUAAUGUAACUGGUGUUGUCGAGAUUCCUGAAGGAAAUGGCUCUGGCAUAGUUUGGGAUGAUUCUGGGCACAUUGUUACAAACUACCAUGUGGUUGGGAACGCCCUUUCAAGAAAACCAAAACCUGGCGAAAUUGUUGCACGUGUCAACAUUCUUGCUGCCAAUGGGAUACAGAAAAAUUUUGAAGGCAAAUUGGUUGGUGCUGACCGUGCUAAAGAUCUUGCUGUUCUUAAGGUGGAUGCUCCCACAGAUCUGUUGAAGCCGAUUAAUGUGGGGCAAUCUUCAGCUUUAAGAGUUGGUCAGCAGUGUUUAGCAAUUGGGAAUCCGUUUGGCUUUGAUCAUACUCUAACUGUUGGUGUCAUCAGUGGUUUAAAUCGAGAUAUUUUUAGUCAAGCUGGAGUGACAAUUGGAGGUGGAAUUCAAACAGAUGCAGCUAUUAACCCUGGGAACAGCGGUGGUCCAUUGCUAGAUUUGAAAGGGCGUAUGAUUGGUAUUAAUACAGCAAUUUUCACACAAACAGGAACAUCUGCAGGUGUUGGUUUCGCCAUCCCAUCAUCAACAGUUCUUAAAAUAGCUCCUCAGUUAAUUCAGUUUGGAAAAGUCCGACGCCCUGGCUUGAAUGUGGAAUUUGCUCCCGAUCCAAUCGCAUAUCAGCUUAAUGUUCGUAAUGGAGCUCUAAUAUUGCAGGUUCCUGGGGGCAGUACUGCAGCCAAAGUUGGUCUAAUUCCUACCAGCAGGGGGUUUGCUGGUAACAUUGUUCUUGGAGAUAUCAUCGUUGCAGUAGAUGGUAAACCUAUAAAAGGCAAGUCUGAUCUAUUGAGGGUUCUAGAUGAUUAUGGCGUUGGAGACAAGGUGAGCUUGACAAUCCAAAGAGGUGCUGAAACUCUUGAAGUAGCCUUGCCUUUAGAAGAGGCAAGCAUCUGAUGUAUUUAUAACAGUAAGUUGGCAUCCCCGAUCUAUUACACUAUAAGUAGUAAUCUAUCCCAUUAGCUGAGCUGUUCAGGCUUCCAAUAUGAAGCUAUUUCGUCUUUUCUUGAGAACUAAAAUUAAUCGAUUCAAAACUCUCUCUCCACAUACGUCAUAAUCUUUUUGCCUCAUUAGCAUACCCCUGUAUCUCUCUCUUCUAUUAAUAGUAUCGGCAGUGCUCCUGCCUCGUUCCUUCACAAACGCCAUAAUCUUUUG